AUGAACGAUUCAACGCGUUCACCACCACAGAAAAACCUCACUCUCAAUACUAAAGAUGUAGAGCCUACAUCUACACCACCAGUAACUACCAACAAGCAACCCGUAACUCGGCAAGAAGGGGACCAGCAGCCGGGUUCUGGAACCGAUACCCCAGGAGGUCGAAAGACAUUCCGCUCUGGGAAGAAAGGGGUCUCUGCACGACCUAGUAUACCAAAGUCAUCCUCUGCAUCCCUGAAAUCAGUGUCGAGCCAAAUCUCCAACUUGAGCCUGGAUCGGAGUACCAGUGAUCUGAAUGCGAAUAGCAACGCCAACAACGUCUCUGCAAUAUCAACAACAUCCACGCCCGCGGCAGAGGAAGACCAGCUAUCCUCAUCCAUUUCAUCGUUUCCAGCAUUCCCCCCACCUACACCCGAACAACAUCCGUUUCUCUUCCGAAGUAGCACGGCAGAUGAUGUCAGUGUUCAGGCUCAAUAUCACGCUCUCCUAGGCCAGGUCCAUCAGUGGCUGUAUCAUGAGAAGUCAAAGCUAGGCCUGCCACCAGCGUCCACAUCUCGUGAAGCAAAGUCUCCUCUCCUCAUUCCACGGUCCACCUCUGCGCCCAACAAGGGGGAGCUUUUGGGUACCGAUGUUGCCACGUCGGGCGAUUCUCAGGUCCCAGAAUCAACUCUUGCUCUGGAAAAGCUAGAACGGAUUCUAUCUCAGUAUUCCGCCGAUGGGUCAUCUGGAUCAGGAACCCCGUGGAGGCGGAGACGUGGUGGUUCGUGGGGUCAGGGGAAGAGAGGUUACGGUUUGAAGGGCUUGCGACGUGGUUCGGCGUCUGAUUCCGAUUAUACGGAUACCGAACUCUCCGUUCCCAGCGCGGACGUGGUUCUCGAUAACUCAAAGACACUCCUAUACUCUGGAGGCGAAGCUGAUUCGGACGUCGACACACAAGCACUCAGUCAGAUAGAUGGAAGCAAACAGUCUUCUGGAAAGGAUAGGGAGUAUUGGCUUUAUUUCAAGUCCGAGAUCGUUCGUUUGACGCAUACACUCGGGUUUAAGGGAUGGAGAAGAGUGCCCCUUGAUGCUGGUGGAGAGGUUGAGGUCGUUCGUCUGAGCGGUGCGCUCACCAAUGCAGUAUACCUCGUUUCACCACCAAAGGACAUGUCCAAGUUUGCCCACCCUACCUCUGGUCAAAAUGUUUACAGGAAACCUCCUCCAAAACUUCUUCUUCGCAUAUAUGGGCCUCAAGUCGAGCAUCUAAUCGACAGGGAGCACGAACUGCAAGUCCUCCGCCGUCUAGGAAAGAGGAACAUUGGUCCACGCGUUCUGGGAACUUUCAAGAAUGGUCGAUUCGAACAAUAUCUACACGCUCGCACCCUUACAACCCGUGAUCUGCGCGUACCAGAGACCUCUAUCCAGAUCGCGAAACGCAUGCGAGAGCUGCAUGAGGGUAUUGAAUUGUUGCCUGAAGAGCGCGAGGCGGGUCCUGGCCUGUGGAAGAACUGGGAUAAAUGGGUGAACCGAUGCGAAAAGGUGAUUACAUGGCUCGAUAACGAGAUUCUCGCAGACCAUAAUGAGGGGAAGGCGAUGAAGGAGCCGUGGAGACAGCGUGGGUUUGUCUGCGGUGUUCCCUGGGCAACUUUCCGGAGUAUGGUUGAUAGUUAUCGCCAGUGGCUCGCUGCAAGCUUUGGAGGAGUGGAGGAGAUUACCCGUCGGUUGAUUUUUGCUCAUAAUGAUACGCAAUAUGGCAAUCUUCUUCGCCUCGAGCCGAGUGGAGAGUCACCAUUGUUGCUUCCGGCAAAUGAGCAUAAGCAGCUAGUCGUGAUCGAUUUCGAGUAUGCAUCGGCUAAUAUGCGUGGAGCGGAGUUUGCCAAUCACUUUACUGAAUGGUGCUACAACUACCAUGACGAAGACCGUCCCUGGAAAUGUCACGCCAACUGGUACCCGACGCUGGAAGAGCAGAAACGCUUCAUCCGCGCCUAUCUCACCCAUCGACCCCGACUUACCUAUACCGAGACGGGCAACAAUCCCUACUCCGCCAACCACAACUUCUCUACGAGCUCCGUAUCCAGCACCAUGACCACACCCGGCCUCCGACCCACGUAUAUUGGCAGCCCGCGAGUCGCCCCCUUCAACCUCGACAACUACACUCCCGCCGUCCCAUUCUCCAUCAGCGAGGAUGAACAAGUCGACGAAGAGCUCGAGACAGAAGUCCAGAAACUCCUACACGAAGUUCGCGUCUGGCGUAUUGCCAACUCAGCGCAAUGGGUGGCAUGGGGUAUCGUUCAGGCGAAAGUGCCCGGUAUUGAAGCCGCUUUGGCAGAGACAAACCUACCAGUAGCACCGGCCCCCGGCAGCAGUGGCGAUGCCACAUCAAGCAAUGGCGAGAAUGAGGAUACAGUUACAACCCCAACACAGGAAACAGUUGACGUACAGCAGAUGCUAGCGGCUAGCGAUCAAGCGCUGCAGGAAGCUCAAGUAGACGAAGCGGCAGAUGAGUUUGACUAUCUUGCAUACGCACAGGAUCGAGCGUUGUUCUUCUGGGCCGACAUUUUGGCUAUCGGGCUGAUUAAGGAGGAGGAGCUGCCCAAGGAGAUGCUCGAGCAUAUCAAGCGCCGUAUGCUUGACCGCAACGGCGCCGAAUUUGCAGAAGAGCUCUUCGACUCAAAAUCUUCCGAGAACAAGACCCUCGCAGCGCAUUUCCCUGGCAGUCGCUGGGUAUUUCCUACAUCUAGAGAUCGGUGGAGCUCUGUUUUCAAGGAGGAUUUAGCCGCCUGGUUCGACAUAUACUCUCUAUCGAACAUCUCCGAGCAGCAAGACCUCCAGGUCGAGGGCCUAAGGGAAUCUACACUGUAUAUCCUGGAGAUUUUGAGCCGAGAAAUCGACCUUCUCGAAGGAAGAUCUGAAAGACUUGCGCUGGGCGGUAUGAGCCAGGGUAUGGCGACGGCUCUUUGGGCAUUGUUGUGCUCGCCUGGACAGGUCAAAAUGAGGAUUGGUGCUUUCGUGGGAAUGUGUGGAUGGCUUCCAUUCGCGAAUGAGAUACAGAAUAUCGAGUAUCCCAACGAGACGUUACCGAAGUUCCUCUUGGAUACAAUCCGGUGUGAAGAACAGCAUCAAGCCAGCACGGCAGAGACUGAAACCAUGCUGUCCACGCCUGUACUGCUGCUUCAUGGAGUCGAUGAUGUAUGGGUUGAUGUUGAACUAGGUCGCCAGGCACAUAGAAGCCUAGCAAAGCUGGGGAUGAAGGUGGAAUGGAAUGAGCACUCGGGAGCAGAUAACGACGGGCACUGGGUGAAGGAACCAGAAGGCUUUGAUGCCAUUGUCGACUUCUUGAAAUAUAUUUUAGCAUAA